AUGCGCAGCCUGGUCUUUCUCCCCCCACCCAGCCUUUCGCAGUUCGAUUCGGCGCCACAGACGCAUUCGAGAGGAUGGGCGAGCUUUACGGUUGCUCAGCCGCAACCUCGAGUGGUGGCAGACGAAACGCGGCCCACACACCAGGACGAGGGCGAUAUCGAUCUCGUUCCCGACUCAGUUGAUCCAAAUUACCACGAGCUCAUCGAUGACGAGCAGGACGACUCGCUCGCACUAUCCGACGUGGCACCUCCAGCUCGCAUCUUGGCCGACGAGACCCGGCCCACACACUCGAAGGAUGCCGCGGUCGAGACGGUGCCCGACUCCGUGGACCCACGUUGCAGCCACGAUGAUCCGCUCGAGAACGGAGACGAGUACGUCAUGCCCUCCGAUGCGCCAUUCCUCCCGGCUCAAACCCUCGCAGACGAAAGGCGACCAAUCGGCAACGACACGACAGAGAUCGUCCCCGACUCGGUCGAUCCGCACGGCCACCCGCUCGACGAGGAGUCUCUGGCGCGAUCCGAGCUGUCUGAUGCGCCUGUCAGUGUGCUCUCGGAGGAUUUACAGAAGGCUGGAGUCGCUACGGUCGAUGACGGGGACAGAGAGGAAGCGAGUCGGGCGCUCAAACGGGUGAGGAUACGGGAGAGCCCCGUGGUGGUCAUCGAGACGCCUGAGCGACGGGUGCACCCCACUGAAGCUCGUGGUGUGGUUUUCCAGACAGCGAGUGGGAACAGAAGUCGCAAUCAGACGGCAGAAAAGGCCGCAGGCAUCAGCAUGGACGAGGAGUCGGAAGCGGCAGAGGACAAGAGUCGGGUGGUGGUUGGAGAGGACAGCGAGAGCGAGGAGGAGCUUCCUGAAGAGGCGGGAGAAAGCAGUCGCUCGAUUGCAUCACAAAGUGUCAUCCCGCCGACACAAGCGAACGAUCAUACGUCCGGGUCGAUACCACUGGGCACAGUCGAGGCCGAGACGUCAACCAUCGCGAUCGUUCACAAGCCAGAACUGCACAGAGACUGGUCCGAUCUGGCCUUCCUCGCAGGCAUCCCCUCUCGCCUCGCAACUCACACGACAGCAUCGGCACAAACAGCAGCCAUUCCCGCAAACACAUCAGCAGCAGACAUCACAGAGUCCACCUCGGCAGCCACGCAGUCCGCGUCCUCACUCCAGAUUCGACCACCUGUCCCCGCCGCUGGUGCGCCGCAAGCCACGUGCCGCUUCACAUUCUUCCGACGCUCACGCGGGUCUACAUCGAUCGGAUCCAUCUCCACAGCAUCUCACCUCGCACAACCUCCUGAGUCUGAACCGCACCCGGCCUCCGCUUCGAUCUCCGUCGGCCCCAUGCCAACCGCUGUCGCAGCCCGACCCGCGGCGCCGAUACCCCACGCACCCACCCGCCUUGCAGAACCGUCCCUACACAAGCUGCCAACAAUGAACGCCACUUCGGCCUCACACGACUCGCUCGCCUUUCGGGAAGACUCACUGUCCUCCCUGGCGCAGCAGUCCAUCCUCCCACCGCCGACGUUGCAUUUCGCAUUGUCGACCAUCACGCCUGUCUCGCGGAUCCUGGCGAACCCCUCACACUAUCUGCCCCCGACGUCCGGGGGAUCUCGGGCGCGGUUUGGCGAGGUCGGAGGUGUGAGUUCCAGGGUCAACCUCCUAGUCGUAGUCAAGGAGGUGGGGGAGGCCUCGCGUGUUCGCUCGAAGUUUGCUGUCGAGCCUCCGCCUCCCGCAGCAAAAUCCUUCACUGGGAGAGGCGAGCUGCGGGGUGGAAGCCGGGCAUUCACCGAGGCGGCCUCCCACACUAGCGUCGUGGGAGAUGGGCGGACUGAAAGGGUACAACUGCUCGUUAUGGACGGGAGCAUGUCCACCGUCCCGCGACUAGUCGAUUCCGAGUCCGCAGAGUGGAAAUUGGUCGAUGAGAUCGCGGAGCGGUGUCUGUUCCAAGUUGUACUAUGGGGCAGUCUGGCGCGCGAUUGGACCACCCCCAACCCCUCUACCUCCUCCCCUGAUGCACACACUACGUUCACCCCAACCCAACUGCGACCCGGGGACGUGGUCAGCCUCACGAACCUCUCCCUCUCCCGUCUAGCCCCCUCUUCGCCCAUCAAAAAACCUCCGCGCCGACUCGGACCGGGACUUCCCCCUCCCGAACCGUCCAGAUUGACCCUGGUGGCGCAUGCGAGCGCGGCCAACGGCGCCAACGUCGAACUGUGCUAUCGAUCCCAGGUGCUGACGACCGAGGAUGCGGGGAGGAACUUCGACGCCGACCUAGCCGCGUUCGAUUUGAGGAGCAGGAGAGUGCUUGAGUUGGGGCGGUUGUGGACGGCGUCGGAGCGCUAA